GGCUUAACAAGCAUUGGGACUUAUCUGCCUUCCGCAGCUUGCAAGGAUCUCUGGUUUUUCCAAAAGAGUUCUGAGGAAACAAUGGCCAACUUCUGCUUAUGGGCAACUUUUGGAUUAUGUUUGCUGAAGCUUUGUCUUACAGAAACACAAUUCAAUGUAAGUUGCAGAUAUGCCGGAGUUUUUCACGUUGAGAAAAACAAUCGCUACAGUCUCACACGAUCUGAAGCAGUUGAACUCUGCAGAGCUCUCAAUAGUACCUUGGCAACGCUAGAUCAGCUGAAGAAAGCUCAUGAACUUGGAUUUGAAACUUGCAGAUAUGGUUUUGUAGUGGGGCAUAUUGUUAUCCCACGAAUCAAUCCCUAUCAUCUUUGUGCAGCAAAUCAUACUGGCAUUUACAAACUUUCAUCAAACACAACUGGUCGCUAUGAUGCAUACUGUUACAAUGCAACAGAAACAAGGGAUAAAGCAUGUGAGCCAAUUGAAAGCAUAGAUACUUCUUUCCUCAAUAAUCAGGGUGAAAUAGUCAUUGACAAUGCAGAUGGCUCACAUUAUAAUGCAGAUGGCACACGUCAUAGUGGAGAGUCCUCAACCUCCGGUGUGGAUGAUGACAAUGUAGGUAGUGGAUCAACACAUGACACAACUCCCAUGGAUACCUCCAUCAGGAGAUCCAGCCCCUCGUACUAUGGAAGUGCUACUCCAGUCUCACAGUUGCCAGAUCAUUCUUCUGGAGUGGGUGAAAAAGAAAUUCCUAGAAAAGAUCCUGAUGAUGCGUUUUAUCCUGUAUCAACUGACGUCUCUUUGGUGACAGAAGCUGAUGAUUACCUUGAAAAAGAUGGUGGACAGUAUCCUGCAAGUACUAGUAAGAUUUCUGUUUAUAUUAACUACAACAAAUAUAGGUUGCGUAGAAACUGCUUUCUUCUUAGAGCAGGGCAUUCUGCUCCAGGGCCUUACCAUGACAACCUGGAGAAAGCCACCACCCAAUCUCAGUGGAGUCCAUACUCAAACCACUGGUGGUGGUCAAAUCCUGGAGAGAAGACACAAGAACCCACGCAAGCAACCAAGGGGCUUCAUGGCAGGUUUAACAUCAUCACAGCAGAUGUGACCUCAAGUGGCUAUGGUUCGGAUGAUGAAGACUCUUCAGAGGAAACGAUUUACCCAACAGUGUUUCCAGGCUGGGAUGGGACUGUGACCAAGCACAAGUAUGCUCCAAGUACUA